GACUCUGUCUGUCUCGCUCCGGCGUGCGUGAACGCGCACACGAGCCACCCCCCUCCUCGUUCUUCCCCGCACCGACCCCGCAGGGCUCGCGCCACACGCUCGCUCCUCAUGUUCCUCACAUGAUUCGCGCGAGGCAGAGCGGAGGAGAAGAGACGAGAAGAGCAAGAGGCGAGACAUGGAGACGCUCUUCGCUCUCGGCAUGAUGAUCUGCGCGCUGCUCGUCGGUCCGGCCGCUUUACAGACAGCGGCGCGGCUGCCGUGGACGCAGGAGAAGCUGUACCACAAGCCGAGCACACUCAGUGCCGAUGACAUCACACGGGUCCUGGCUCACACAGACCUGGACCGCAUGUGGCAGAAGGACCUCCGACCGAUGCUGGUUCCACGGUACCCGAGUUCCCCUGGGAGUCUGUCUGUGCAGCAGCACAUCCUAAGCACCUUGCGGGCCCUGAAGGCAGGCUGGGAUGUGGAGGAGGACCGCUUCCAGGCCUACACUCCUUAUGGAUACAUGAACUUCGCCAACAUCGUGGCCACCCUCAAUCCGGCCUCUAAGCGGCGCCUGGUGCUGGCCUGCCACUAUGACUCCAAGUACUACCCCCCACAGUGGCAUGGCUACGAGUUCUUGGGGGCCACCGACUCCGCCGUGCCCUGCGCCAUGUUGCUGGAGCUGGCCCGGGCUCUGGACCAAGAGCUGAAGACCCUCAAGGACUCCGGUCCGGACUUGUCGGUCCAGCUGCUCUUCUUUGAUGGCGAGGAGGCGCUGCACCAGUGGAGCUCCACCGACUCCCUGUAUGGCUCGCGCCACCUGGCGGAGAAGAUGGAGAAGACGCCGCACCCGCCGGGCGCAGAGGACACCAACCUGCUGCACGGCAUCGACCUGUUUGUACUGCUGGACCUGAUUGGCGCUCCCACUCCGCACUUUGGCAACCAGUUCCCCAACACGGCGCAAUGGCUCAGCAGGCUUCAGAACAUUGAGCGUAGGCUGCACGCCUUGGGCCAGCUGGAAGACCACCCCACAGAGGUACAGUACUUCUGGCCUGGCUUGCCAGUGGGCCCAGUGGAGGAUGAUCACAAACCCUUCUUGAAAAGAGGUGUGCGCAUUCUACACCUGAUUCCCACACCGUUCCCCGCUGUGUGGCACACCUUCGAGGACAACGAGGAGAACCUGCACCGCGCCACCAUCCAGAACCUCAACAAAAUCAUGCAGAUCUUCGUGCUCGAGUACCUGAAGAUGUGACCCCCCCGCUGUGAGCGCCUAGGAACAUCCGCGGUCCCGCCGGGCGGCUUCGCUGGGCCUCCUCCCGCCACUGCCCCUGGGGUGGCCAGUCGUCCUGUUUAUAACACACAGGCUGGGAUGUGUGUGUUUUACAGUGUUUGCUGUAGUCAGAACCCCCUGCUGGGGGGGCCACGUUCCAUUACUUUUUUGUGCUGUCAUUCUCUCUACAUGGAAAGACCAUCACAGAAAAAAGGAUUAAAAUGAGACA